UUUUGUUUAGUUUAACAAUUAAAGCCGCCACCGCAAGUUUACAAAAGCCGAAGCAACUUCUCCCCGUUUUAAGGACAUGCUUACAUAUUUAUUUUAUUUGCCAGAGACAAUAUCUACAUAAAUUGAUUGUAUUUAAUCAAAAUUGAACACCUUUUUGGGGGUAUUAAAUUAUUUAUUUAGCUUAUUGAGUCAUUUUACUAUUUGAUUCAUGAACUGCCAUUGAAACCCUACUGUUGCCAUCCUCAACAGUAGGGUUAGGGCUAGUCAACUGGAAGCACUUUCAUGUAGUCUCACGACCCAACAUUGCAUUUAUAGCAGCUGUUUCCUUCUUGUGGCUGUUUCCUAUUGGCCUAGAUUGCAGCACUCAAAUUUGCCACGAUACCCAAACCAGACCCAAACAGGACACGUCAUGUGAAGAUUGACAUGUCACUAACCAAUGAUCGAGCCAAUGAGGGUUUCGGUGGGUUGUGACGAAACUACCGAGAAGCCAAUCACACGCCUUACAUGGCCUGACGCCAUUGUUGACAGGAAGCGUACUGGGGCUGAAGCAGCUAUCCCGAUCAGACCCUUGCCCAUCCAAAGUUUCAUUAACGCACGUCUAUCUUUUUGAACGUUUGUAAGGUCGAAUAAUAAUGAUUGGUGAGAACGAACCGAGGAAAAGAUGCAAUGGAGGUCAAUAGUAGUCGGUCUGGUCGUGUUGAGGCUGUCUCUCAGCUGUGUGGUGUGGCUAGCGUUUGGACUUGGACAUAAUGUGAGCUGGGGCUUUAACUUCCCUCUGAAUUUUAACCUGCAGACUUUGGAUCUUAAGCUAUUCAAAGACGAAACGGAGGCUUUUAAGGGUAAUUCAUGGUCUCAGCGCAUACCGAGUGGAAAGUAUGACGAGCCAAGGACCUCCUGUCCAAAGAUUGGAGAAGACUCUCCUCAGAAGUCCUACAUGAACUUCUAUGAUGGGAAUAAGGACGAAUAUGUCAAGCGGUACAACACCUUUCCAGAUACUCUUAAAGCGCAAAUGAAGGCCCAGGCAAAAGACAUGUUCUAUUUUGGAUACGACAAUUACAUGAAAUAUGCCUUUCCUGAAGACGAGCUCAAUCCAAUUGAUUGUCGGGGCCGAGGACCAGACGUCCUGAACCCGUCAAACAUCAACAUAAAUGAUGUUUUGGGGAACUACUCGUUGACAUUGAUUGACACCCUAGACACAUUACUGGUCCUUGGCAACAUCACAGAGUUCCAAAGGGCUGUGAAGCUGGUUAUAGACACGGUGUCCUUUGAUAAGGACUCCACCGUGCAGGUCUUUGAGGCAAACAUCAGGAUCCUGGGCAGCUUGAUCUCCUCCCACAUCCUACUGACCGACCCAAAGCACCCUUUUGGCGACGUUGGCAUCGAAGGCUACGACAACGAGCUACUCCACAUGGCCCACGACCUGGCCGUGCGCCUGCUGCCUGCCUUCGAGAACACCAUCACAGGCAUUCCUUACCCCAGAGUGAACCUGAAGACGGGGGUGCCGGCGGACAGCAUCAACGAGACGUGCACAGCGGGCGCGGGCUCCCUGCUGGUGGAGUUCGGGAUCCUGAGCCGCCUGCUGGGGGACUCCACGUUCGAGUGGGUGGCCCGGCGGGCCGUCCGGGCCCUCUGGAGCCUGAGGAGCAAGGAGACGGGCCUGCUAGGCAACAUUGUAAACAUCCAGACAGGCCAGUGGGUGGGCAAGCAGAGUGGCGUGGGCGCGGGCAUGGACUCCUUCUACGAGUAUCUCCUGAAGUCCUACAUCCUGUUUGGGGAGAAGGAGGACUACAGGAUGUUCCAGGCUGCCUACGAGAGCAUCCAGAACCACUUGAGAAGAGGGAGAGAGUCGUGUAAUGAAGGAGAGGGCGACCCACCCCUCUACGUUAACGUUAACAUGUUCAGCGGGCAGAUCAUGAACACCUGGAUCGACUCCCUGCAGGCCUUCUUCCCAGGGCUCCAGGUUCUGAGCGGCGAUGUGGAGAACGCCAUUUGCCUCCAUGCCUUCUACUACGCCAUCUGGAGGCGAUACGGCGCUCUGCCGGAGCGGUACAACUGGCAGCUGCAGGCCCCCGACGUGCUGUUCUACCCCCUCAGGCCUGAGCUGGUGGAGUCCACCUACCUGCUCUACCAGGCGACAAAAAACCCGUUCUACCUUCAUGUCGGAAUGGAUAUUCUCCAAAGCCUGGAGAAAAAUGCCAAAGUCAGAUGCGGAUAUGCAACUCUCCACCACGUCGUGGACAAGUCCAAAGAAGAUCGGAUGGAAAGCUUCUUCCUCAGCGAGACUUGCAAAUACCUUUAUCUGCUCUUUGAUGAGGACAACCCGCUGCACAAGUCUGAGAACAAGUACAUAUUCACCACCGAGGGCCACAUCGUGCCGAUAGACCAGCGCUUCAGGGAGAAACAGUGGGAGGACCUCUUCCCCUUGGAGGAGGGAGAGACGCCCGAGGAUGAGCCACAGAAUCCGCCUAGCAACACAAGCAACUGUGGCCGGAUCCCCGACGCGCGGCGCUUCGCUCUGCCACUGAAGAGCGUCUACAUGAGGCAGAUAGACCACAUGGUGGGUUUGUUCUGAACCUGCAGAAGAGCAGCGCUUCGGCCACAACCUAGGGUUCACCCCCCCCCCCCCCGCUGCCUGUCUGAGUGUUACCCGUGUAUGUACAGAAGGGAUUCCCUGUUUUAACACAUUUUGUACUCCUGAUGAGCUCAGGUCCAAGGUAGUCAAUAAUGGUGCCAAACGAGUCAUGGAAAUUGAUUGUACUUCAUUGCUUAUUUUCUUUCUCUCUGUAUUGAUUAAAGUGUUUAGUGUCUUGACUCGAAUAGAGAGAGACAAUUGUGGAACGUUGUGGGAAUUGUACUUCCAAGUUUUAAACUGUGACCAACAGAGGUUUAUGUGGUGGUUUUUAUAAGAGCGACUCUUUUCGUAAUGAACAAACUAAUGGCACGUCGAGCACAUGUUGGUGUCUGGAGUGUUUACGUUUACACACACACACACACACACACACACACACACACACACACACACACACACACACACACACACACACACACACACACACACACACACACAC